AGAGAGUGACAGACACAGAGAGAAAAGGGGGGAAGAGAGAGAGAGAGAGAGAGAGGGAGGGGGAGCGAAUGUGAGUGAAGUCGAGACGAAGGCAAUUGGGGGGAUAGAGCGAGAAAGAGGAGAGAAGAGGACGACUGCCCACGCUCUUCACCUUCUCCAUCUCCCCCAUCUUCCCUCUCUCCCUCUGUCUCUCUCCUCCUCAGAUCUUUGGUGCCCGUUUCGGUGCACAAACGGACACGGAUUUGGAGGCGGAGCUGAAGCCCGGAGAUGAGGAGGUGACACGCGCUCGUCAGCUACAGCUCCCUCUGGCUUUGGCUUCCGUCACCGAUUCCGGGGAAGCGGCUCAUUUUGUACUUUCCGGGCCGAGAUCUGAUUGAAUUCUGGUGAAAAAAGGGAACCGUUCGAGUGCGGCGGAGUGAGGGGAUAGGGAGAUUGCUGGGAGGAUUUUCAGCUGGUGGAGGUUGGCGAUGGAGGGCGAGAAGAAAUCGCACGCGGUGUCGGAUGUGGGAGCGUGGGCGAUGAACGUCAUUAGCUCCGUCGGCAUUAUCAUGGCCAACAAGCAGCUCAUGUUCUCCGGAGGCUACGGUUUCUGCUUCGCGACAACAUUGACUGGGUUCCAUUUUGCCGUAACGGCUCUGGUCGGUCUGGUCUCGAAUGCUGCCGGUUAUUCUGCAUCGAAGCACGUACCCAUGUGGGAGCUCCUGUGGUUCUCGAUAGUCGCCAAUAUGUCUAUAACGGGGAUGAACUUCAGUCUAAUGUUAAACUCUGUUGGCUUUUAUCAGAUUUCAAAAUUGAGUAUGAUUCCGGUAGUCUGUGUAUUGGAGUGGAUCCUUCACAACAAGCAUUACUCUAGGGAGGUGAAAAUGGCCGUGGUGGUGGUGGUUAUAGGUGUUGGUGUUUGCACAGUGACUGAUGUUAAAGUCAAUGCUAAAGGUUUCAUCUGUGCCUGUAUAGCAGUCCUCUCCACGUCUUUGCAGCAAAUUUCGAUAGGCUCCUUGCAGAAGAAAUACUCUAUUGGAUCUUUUGAAUUACUAAGCAAGACAGCUCCAAUUCAAGCCAUCUCUCUCCUCAUCUUUGGUCCGUUCAUCGAUUACUAUCUUAGUGGCAAAUUCAUAACCACAUACAAGAUGUCUUAUGGUGCUCUGCUCUUCAUACUGCUCUCUUGCUCAUUAGCAGUUUUCUGCAAUGUGAGCCAGUACCUAUGCAUUGGCCGCUUCUCGGCGGUCUCCUUCCAGGUCUUGGGCCACAUGAAAACGGUCUGUGUCCUCACGCUAGGAUGGCUACUCUUUGACUCCGAGCUCACCUUCAAGAAUAUCAUGGGCAUGAUGAUCGCGGUCGUUGGGAUGAUAAUCUACAGCUGGGCCGUGGAACUCGAGAAGCAGGCCAACGCCAAGGCCAUCUUGCCCGCGAAGAACAGCCUCACAGAGGAAGAGAUCCGGCUGUUGAAGGAAGGAGUGGAGAAAGGUCCAUUGAAGGACAUCGAGCUUGGCGAAACUAAAGCUGUGUUGGGGGUUUUGUUCAACGAUAGAGAAAUUUCGGGUUAAUUUUAUUCUUCUUUAAAUGUGCUAUCCUUCUCCGAUCUAUGUUUGGGUCUGUAGUUUGUUUGGCGCAGCGGGACGCUCUGAACCCAUCUGCUGCUGCUCAUCCCCACAUAUAGGAAUUGGCGAUUGGCCCUCAUUUAUUUAAUUUCAUUAUUUAUCCUUGAUUUCAUA